CUUCAGUCUAGAGUAGCGCUGUGAAGGCCUGAGGAGUAAGCAGAACAUCGAUAGGCUGACGAACGAUCUUCGUUGUGAAGAGAAGGACAUGAUGCGUUGCAGAGCGAAUGUGGUAGGGACAAUCCAUCGACCCAUUGUGUGGUUGACACGUAAAGGAAAGCCCGGAUAAAAACUCAUCCACCGCACCAAUUUUCAACCGAUCAUGCACAAAAUCACUUUGUGCAGAUGGUAAGAUAUAAUGAAUGUGCAGAUAAGCAGGAAGUACCCAAACGGUCGACCGACGAUGGAAAGCCCAGGAAAAAGAGAAACUAUGGAAACUUGAAGCCCUGAACCAAAUCGGGUCCAAGUCCAGAUCUGUGAUCUGGAGGAGCAUGCCAUUAUGUCACACAUGAGUUUGCAAAAGGGACGGCAAGAAGGUGCAGGAUGAGGAAAUCAUGACUCGAUGUGACUCGAGUGCCCCUAGCUAUGUGCUCUGGGAUCUACAAAGUAACUGCAGCAGUUUUCCACACAAGGUAUCCAAUAGGUCACGCUAUGGGGUCUAGAACCACACAGAGGACGUCUGAAAUCAGAAACUUGGAGUCAAAUUGAAAAGAGCUGCACGGCAGAUUCUGUCAGUCGAAAAGGCACGACUCUUACAUAGACAUGUGUUCGUCAAAGCAGUAUUGGAGACGAGAAGAGAUAUUGCAAAAUCGAUGGGAAGACCCCGGCAAACAAGUCGUCCAUGGCUGAAUCCAACCACGUACGAUGGAGGGUUGCUAGGCUCCAAAGCUUUCGUUAAAGCUGGUUUGCGUCACUCGUUACAAGCACUUUGAAUCAGGAUUCAGAAGAGUAGGAUAUACGAAUAUCAAUCCGAUCAGAACGCGACAGUCGCGAAUUCUCGAAGGUUUUAUGCUUUUAUGCACUUAUAUGCCCUGCGAUACGACCAUGCAAGAAUCUCGUAUCAGAUCCUUACGCAAAGUCGUUAGAUGUUUCGUUCGGAGUCGUGUCGUUAAUGCUGUUAGGGAGCGUAUGCUUUUGUCCAUGGGUGAUCAAUCGGCUCGCUUGGGAGUCUAGCCAUUCAUCUCACGACAGUCCUCCCUCAAAGUCACUUUAUCUCCUCGUUCCCAAACAUCCACCCUUAGAAUUUAAUUUUGUUCUAAAUCAGUGUACCCUCUCGAUGAAGUUAUUGCAAUUUAUAUAUGGGUUGGGUGUUAGUUUGAAAACAUAUACUGUACAAUUCCAUGAAAUAAGCAUCGGACCUUGAGCAUGUUCUAGAAUAUUUUCUCUUAACUACAGCAAAAGACGAAUGGAAAUUGAAAGAGAGAUUUCAUUGAUAUUUACCUCAAGCCAAUUGAGUAACAAACUCACUGAGCCACUUGGGUUGCUGGCUCUUUGUUUCCACAUCAUACAUCAAUUUACUAAGAUUAAAUGAUUUGAACCCA